GUAGAAGCCUGUUGGACGCAGUUAAUCUUCGUUUCCUGAUUCCUUUCGGCUUUCUGAAAUCUUUACAAUAGAUCUAGAUCUAAAAAGAUGGCGAAUGUUUGUUUUGUUUUGGGUUUGAUUUCUUCGGCAUUGAGCCUGAUAUGUGUCUUGGUUGCCAUGGCCAGUUCUCAAUGGCUUCAAAUAAGAAUACAUUCGUUUGAAUCUGACGUUGGAUUAAUGAGACACUGUGAACCUAGAAAUUCUUAUUGUGGUGAAAUGGAAAAACUUGAUGCCCUUGUUGACAUUCACUAUGCAGCUUGGUUCAGAUCAAUUCAGGCAUUGUAUCUUCUGCAUUGUCUUGGGAUGCUUUUCUCCACUGUGAUGUACAUCCUGUAUGCUAUCCGUUUCUUGGAAUCAAAGGGCAGUUUCAGAGUGCUUACAGCAUUUAAUUUUCUAGCUUUGGCUGCAGGUGUUUACUCAGUGACCAUGUUUGGUAUGAAUCACAGAGCCUACUUCAGUAUCCCAGCAGGUGCUCCAGAGGAGAGCGCAUUGUUGGGUUAUGGCUUCUACAUGGCCAUCACAGGUUGCUGCAUUUCUUUACUGGCUAUGCUGUUUUCAGCCAUGGAAGCCAGCCAUGCUGUGGAUUUACUGCAAAAUAUGCAGAAUCGCUUAACAGUUUGGACCACCCCAUACACCCUUUUUGUUGACCAAGAAGCUUAAAGGAUAUAUGCUAUCCAGAUCUUUUGUUUUAUGUGAAUGGUAAUAGACAAUAGUUAGUAAUAUGCCUGAUAAUAUUUUUGGGUAUUUUCUUGCAUAGAGUAGAGGUAGCAAAAUUGUAGAUGUAAACUGUGCAGGACUAUGCAUUAAUUUAGGAUAAUGCAUACUACAUAUUCCAUGUGGAUUUACAAUGAGUGGAGUGGUUUUCUUAACAUUUUCUUUUAUAGAUAGAAAUAAAUGGACUAGAUUUUCUAAGUACUUUGAAGGUUUUCUGUCAUCUUUUGAACAAGGGAUAGUUUUUAAUCUACUUUCUAAGUUGCACUUUGAUCAGAUACCAGUAGUCUCUUAGUAAAAAUUAACAUGCAUAAUAGAUAUAUAGAUAUACUAAAUAUAGCCAAACCAAAAAAAGUGAAUUUUUAAAAAUGAUAUUAUAUAUACAUGCUUUAUCUAAGAAAAGACUUAAGUAUGUAUACACUUUAUUGUAAAUAUUACAUUUGUUGUUUUUUUUUUUAUAACACACACUUGUUUCAUAAGCCUUAGGUCCUUACUGAAAAAAAAAAUUGUUAGAUUUUAUUUGGCUUUUGGUUAGUUAUUAAAGUGUCAUUACAAUUACAAGUUAAAAUAUUAUAUUGUUUAUUCAAAAAUAUACCCAUUUGAUACAACAAAAAAUAAUACAAAAAUUUACUUUCCAAAGCCCUAUCCUACAAUUCUGAUUUUGACUGAUAGAACUAUUCUUAUACCUAUCAAUAUUAUUACAAAAAUAUCUGUUGCUUUUUAAUGCAAAUGCCAAUAAAAAUGGAAAAAUAGAAGUCUUUUUUUUUUCAAUGGAAGAACUGUAUGACCAAUGAAAAAAAAAAGUCAUACAUUAAAAAUUUAUAUAGUUUUCCAAAAAAAAAAUGAGUAAAGAUUAGCAUUUGAAAUGCGAAGUUCAAGAUCCUAACAAAAGCUCUAGGCCUCAUGUUGAAUUUUUACCUGCUUAUUUUAUGGUAGAAUAGGGAAGGAUUGAUUUUAGACUUUCACAUUGCCCUACUUUAGUGAAUAGAAAUGUUGACCACACAAGAGAAAUCACAGUUGUCACCUUUUUUAAUUUUAAUUUGAGAAGAGUUAUGUAUUUGCUUUAUUUUUUUUUAUUUCCUUGAAAAAAAAAGAUGAGUUAUAUGUUGCUUACAACAUGACUUAGAUGGUACAUAGACAAAAGAAGAAAACUAGUUUUUUUUCUAAAUUAAAAAAUUUGUUUCAGUGAUAACUGCAUUUUUUUUUGUGUGGUCUUCAGAGGUAUUUUGUCAAUAUCAAAUAGCAAUCAGUUGUUAAUAUCCUAACUUUCAACUUCAAAUGAUAUAUUUCAAUCUGAAUCAGAUUAUUAGUUGUACUUUUUCAUUAAGCUCAAUAAUUAAAUCUUUUUCACAUCAUUUAUAUAUAUAUAUAAAACUGCUGCCAAUGUCAUUGUACUUUUUUUUUGUUACCAAUUUGUUCAUGUAUAAAGUGACAUUUAAAAGUUUUUUUGUUUUUUUUUAAACGUUUCAUCUAAUCCUAUUUUGUUUUGUUUUUUCUAUUUCUAAAAUCUUUUUAAGUUUAUUUUGUCAUUGUUUGUUUUUUCAUAAACAAAUCUUUGCCUUUAUAAAUAUGGCAAUUUAUUAAUCAAAUUUAAUCAGAUUUUUAAAAUAAAAUAUUCUUGUAUAGUAACUGCUCAACAUAUAAUCAUAUAAUUUUUUUUUUUACUUGGCAGUGAACGAUUUAAAAAAAAAAUAUUUUUUUGUUAGUAACAGUGGUUGUGUAUUUCACAUGUGAAAUUUUUCAAACUAAAAAAAAAUUAAAUCUGUGUUUUUUCUUUGCUACCAAAAAAAAUUUUGUUGUUAAAAUUCUUUCACAAUUUAAUAUGCACAUUCAAAUCAGAUUGAUGAAAAUAUAGGCAGGCCUAUAUUACAUUUCAUCAUCAUGUAUAGAAAAAAAAGAUUGUAAAAAAAAGAUUGUUUUUCAGAUUUAUAUGGAGUUGUUAAAUAUAGAUAUUUAAAUUAAAUCUAGAAAUUUAAGUCAGUGAUUGGAAUGAACUUUAAAAAUUGUUAAUGUCAUUAUUUACUUAUCUCUUGCAUAAUCAGUUUGAAAAUUUUGCAUUCAUGUGUUUGAUUUACACAUUUAUUGUUACUCUCAUAUCUAUACAAGUUUUCUUCCCUUCUUUUUUUUUUUUUUUUGGUGUGUUUCAUACUGUAGGCAUAGUAUCAAUCUCACUACGUCGCAUGUAUUAUUUUAACACUGCACCAGCAUUGUAGGACCUUAGAGACCAAAAUGUACAAGUUUUGUACACUUCUCACAAGAAAAAAAGAAAGAGACAAGCUAAGUUCCUCAAACUGUACAUAGUGGUGAGGGCUGAAAGACAAGUGUUAAAAAACUAAUAUUUAUAUUAUAGUUAGGGCUCCCCAGAAGUUACAUAGUUGUCUAAAAGCCAAUCAUUUUUUUAUAUUUAGGACAUUUUCACAAAUUAAAGCUUUAAUUGUAAGAUGACCUGAUUGUAGCAAUUCAAACCUUUAAAAUAAUUUAUAAUGCUAACUGAUGGAACUUGUGUAUAGCUGAGCAUAAUAUAUUUAUAUACAUAUAUAUGCAUUCAUUGUUAUGCUAUUGAUGAACAGAGAGGCACUUCAGUAUAUUGGUUAAAACUUAUAGCCAUCAUUAAAACUUAAUGGUGGAGGGUACUGUAAAGAAAGACCUAUCUUUGUCAUCAGUUGGUUAGAUUUAUCGAGUCUCAAUUUUAUGAAUAAUUAUUUAAUUGCUAUUGAAAUUUAUUUAAAAUUUUCCACCAGAAUGACAUUUUUACGUAGUAAAUUGUUUUAAAAAAGCGUGUAGGUAUAUAAUAAUGACAUAUAUCUAUAUAUAUAUUUUUUUAAUAUACAUUUUUCUUUCACUUUAAGGUCAUUACUUUUAAAAAGUAAUUUUGCUUACAAGUGCCUGAUAAUAAAUAGGCAGUUUUUAGUUGUUCUAUAGUUAGGACUGAAUCACUUGAUUUUAGCAGCAAAGGUAUUUAGAACCCAUGGUUCACAAAAUGGAUAAUUCUUUACAUUGCCAUCACCAUUGUUCUUGCCCUAUGUAGACACAGUUUUGUCAAUACUGCACAAGAACUCUAUGUUAGUUUGAUGAAUAAACAGCUGUUUUUACAACUAUAACAAUGUACAACGAUAACACUAGUCUGUGAUGAUAACAACAUUAAGUUUCCAUGGUUACAAAGUUUUUGCAGCUUUCCUUCACAUCUUUUUGCAUUGAUCUGAAACUUGUCCAUGUACUUUGUAUGUUGUAAAUCCCUUUGCUUUAUUCACAGCAAAAGUUUUACCCCUAAAGAAAUUUCACAUAAAUAGCAUUUGCAUUUAUUUUAAGCUGCACAGCUAUGCAUAGCUUAAUAAUGGCACAAUUCAUAGCUGUGCUUUAUCUGGUGAUGUUCAUUCAAUUCGGAACAUAAGCUAUGUUUGGAUUGUCUGGAUUAUUCUUCAAAGAUGUUUCGGUUUUGUUUUUAUAGAAUCACAAUAAUGUAAGGAUUUUAAACCUCCUGUUAUUAUUCACUACCAGUGUUGAAAUCAAAGUUCACAUUAAAGAAUUGAGAGGUUAGCACCAUACACCAUUAUCUUUAGCACCAUACACCAUUAUCUUUAGCACCAUACACCAUUAUCUGUCUCGACCAAUUCAAAACUUGUUAUGGCAACUGAUUUUUUUUUGUUAAUUUUUAUUUUAAAUGUUUUCCAUCAUUUGUCCCUAAGGUUCUGUCUAGAUUUCAUAAUUUUUGAAGAACAUCUGUAAAUUAUAUAAGAUUGAAAGCAUAUCACUGUCUAUAAUCUCCCCAGGCAUAAGUAGGAUAUUUGAGUUAACAGUUAUCUGCAGGCUAUUUGUUGAUUGGAAAAUGUAAUCUCAAAUGUUAUUAUGUAAUUUUGUUUUUAAAGAUUUAAAAAAAAAAUUCAUAAGCUUAAAUUAUCUAAGCUUACAUUUUAAUGUUUUGUAAUAUUCUUCAUAAAAUUAUCUGUUUUCCAGUCAAAUUUUUGUUCUCUGUAAAUAAAUCAUUGUCAUUAACAAUGUAUCAAUACAUUUUUCAGCAGACUAAAUGUAGGUUGUGGCAUAAUUAAAAAUACAGGUUGAUUGGGGUUCAAAGUGUUAUUAUAAUCAUUUGAGAGUUUCACCAGCUCUAAUAUAUAGAUGGCAGUAUCUACAUUAUGUCUGCCUCACACCUAAAAAAUCAUUGGACAAGUGGUCAUUUAAGAAAGCAUGGGUGACAAGUCAUUAAGCUGCUUAAACUCAAUAGACUUCAGCUUAUACAUCAAUUGCAGACCACAUCCUAACUAAUUCUUUUAGACCUUUGAUCACUUUGGAAAACUUUGGUUGGUACUUUGUUGCUAUACUGACCAUACACGUACCCAAUAAAUCAUGAUACCUUAACUUUUGCCAAGUAAACCUUACUAACAUUUCCUAUUCAGUAAUACUUCCCUGAUGUAAGUUCAUGGUCUGCUUUUAUUAAAACAGAAUACUUACAACGCCAAUGCACUUGACUAUAUUAGUAUCACUGAUAAGCUCUUUUAAACAAUCAUUUCACAUGUAGUUUUCAUUGUGCAUUGUAUGUCUAGUUUUGGUCGGUACAUUUUUCUUAUUACAUUUGUAACAGUUGAAACCUGUUUGUGUCCAAUGGAAUUGUGGUCAUUUGUUUCUUUCAAGUUUAUUGUGAACGUGAACAACAUUGUGGUAAUCUCUAAAUCUUUAGAAAAAGAACAUUCCAGGCAUUGUGAUAUUCAAAUUUGUUUCAACCAAUGAAAAUCAGAUGAAAUCUUUUUUUCCUUAAUUUUUUCUAAAGUUUUUUUGGCUGCAUUUAUUUUUGUGUUUUAUAAGGUCAGUUUUGUUUUUGUAUAUAUAAUAAAACAAAAAAAAUGUAAUGUACCAUUUGCAUAAUAGAAAUUAGAAAUGUUUUAAACUCUU